AUGACAUUAGGAAAAAGAAACACACCAAUAUUGCGUUGUGUUGUGGUGUUAUGUGAAUCCGAAGCUAAUGCGAGGGGGGAUGAGGCGAAAUGGGGGAUGAGGAGAAGUGGCUGGCGGAUCUCCCCAUCCAACACCUUAUACCUCGGGGCUCUUGGCACAUAUCUUGACACUAAAUUCUUGGGACCCGACUUCUCCAACGAAAUCGGCAACAUUACGCAUUAUGUGCACAUCCCAGCAACCACUGCGAAGGGGGAGUACACCAUCCAGGGUGCGCACUUCGAGCUGACGGGCGUGAGCACGGGUCCAGCGACGAGUGUGUACUAUGCCAACAUUACUGUUGGUGAUAACACGAGUUCGGAGUAUGUCAGGUCCGCUCUGAUCCCACAGACGCAGUAG